GCCAUUCGUUCAAAGUGCCGCGGCUGAACCAACGUGUGUGUCGAGCCUGUGAAUAAAUAAUAACAACCACAGUCACAUUAUAACACACAGUCUACGACACGGUGGAGGACAAGAUUUCCAGCGGUGAGUGUCGAGCGAACCCUCCUCGACCUUCCUUCUCUAGCCGGAGACACGUCACUAACCGACGGGUAACCACAGCAGAGCAGCCCGGGCAACCCUCCACCACCUCCGGGUCCAACCCUCCACCCGCCGCGGGGAAGGAGGCGGUGGCGAGACGGUUGACUGACGGGCUGUGGCUGUGUUGACACUCCGGAGCCCAGCCAGCCCCCUGGACCCGCACCGGCCGACAUGUUGCCCCUUGUCUGACAGCACAUGAGAGAGAGGACCGGAGCCGGUUCGUGUGUGUAGCCACCGCGGGAUGCUGCGGAGCCUGAGCCGGGUCACAGGACAGUGAGGGGCCGAGAGGACGUGUUCACAGGUCGGUGGUUUUCCAGCGAGCAGAGGAGGGGGGGCGGAGGAGAAGUGAAUGUAUAGUGUGAGUCUGGAGGAUUCGCAGACACACAGGCUCACGUUGACGGGAAGAAUAGGCGGCGCCUGUUAACUCCUGGUCCAAGACAAACAUCCGGAGACAAUGACACUUCCACCGCUCGCAGGUCGGAGUUGAUCCAGUGAAGUUGCCGCUCGGACCCGGUUCCACCAGCAGCGUGUGAGCGGCUCUUCCCGCCAGCACAGGGUCGUCUGCUGUUUGACAGAUAGCCAAUCAAAGCGGCUGUUCCCGUCGGCGCUCUUAUGUCAGUGACCUAUAUCUCAUGCAUGUGCGCCAGCAGCCCACAGUAACCUCAGCACCGCGGCAGACAGCAUGGGGAUCAACGGGUUAGACAAGCAGGAGCAGCCGGCCAGUGGCGAGUGCCCCACGGAGCAGCCGCCGGCGGAUCCCCAGUUGGAGCAGGGGGAUGCUCCCCGGGAAGCAGGCGAGGGCAAGAGCCACCAGGCGCCGGGCAGCGAGGGCAAGAUCGUGCAGGAGGACAGCACCGUGCAGCUGAUCGAGGCCGGGUGCAAGCCGCCCGUCUCCCCGGCUCCGGACUCGGAGGCGGGGAUCCAGUCGGCGAGAACCGGGCACGAAUUCGUCCCACCCGAGGGGGGCUUCGGCUGGCUGGUGGUGCUCGCGGCCACCUGGUGCAACGGGUCCAUCUUCGGGAUCCAGAACUCUUUCGGCAUCCUGCACAUGAUGCUGGUGAAGGAGCACGCAGACCCAGACGACAAGACGUCCCAGUUCAAAGUGGCCUGGGUCGGGGCCCUGGCCAUGGGCAUGAUCUUCUUCUGUUCCCCUGUGGUCAGCAUGUUCACCGACCGCUUUGGCUGCAGGAAGACGGCUGUCUGCGGUGCACUGCUGGCUUUCAUAGGCCUGCUCAGUACAUCCUUUGCAAACUCCCUCGGCCUUCGUUAUUUUACUUAUGGCAUACUGUUCGGCUGUGGCUCGUCCUUCGCGUUCCAGCCCUCGUUGGUCAUCCUCGGCCACUACUUUCGUCGGCGCCUCGGAAUGGCCAACGGCAUAGUGACAGCCGGGGCCAGCCUCUUCUCCAUGGGCCUCCCAGUUCUCCUCAACAAGGUGGUGGAACCUCUGGGCCUCAGCAGGACCUUCCAGAUCCUCAGCCUCUUCAUGCUGGUCCAGGCGCUGCUGGCCCUGGCGUUCAGACCUUUAAUGCCUGCUGGAGGAGGCAUGGGACCCCCGGGCAUGGGUCCUGGCUCUGCUGAGCCCCAAACCCAGUCGGGGGCUACUGCUCAGGGUGCGAGCUGUUGGAGCAGGGCUCAAUCUGGGUUCAGAAAAUACUUCAACCUGCGUGUGUUUCACAUCGUGACAUAUCGGCUGUGGGCGUUUGGAGUAGCUACAGCUGUGCUCGGCUACUUUGUACCGUAUAUACAUCUGAUGAACUUUGUGAAGGAGCGCUUCGAGGGGACAGAGAAGGAUUGGGUUCUCCUGGUGUGCAUAGGAGCCUCGUCUGGGGUGGGACGCCUUGCUUUCGGAAAGAUCGGAGACCUCAUUCCAGGCCUGCAAAAGAUCUACAUGCAGGUGGUGUCCUUCUUAGCUCUGGGCCUGAUGUCCAUUUUGAUUCCUCAAUGCCAUGCGUUUGAGGCGCUGGCGGUAGUGUGUGUGUUCCUGGGCCUGUGUGACGGCUGCUUCCUCACAAUGAUGGCGCCCAUAGCGUUCGAGCUGGUCGGGCCCAUGAAGGCCUCACAGGCCAUAGGAUACCUGCUGGGCCUCAUGGCUCUUCCCAUGACAGCGGGUCCACCCAUCGCUGGUCUCCUACAUGAUUACUUUGGGAACUACACAGUAGCCUUCUCCCUGGCCGGGGUGCCUCCUAUGGUGGGGGCCGUGGUGCUGUUCUUUGUGCCCCUGAUGCACUCAAGGCUCCAGCGAGGCCAGGCCGGGGCGUCACCAGAGGAGACGUCCACGACCGCCCACAUGUUGCCCACCACGCCGCUAGCAGACGAGCCAAAGAGCUGCACCAAUGGAGAGAUCCUCCCCGGCUACACUGACGUAGAGACCCACAUCUGAGUCGCACUGUACAAAGGGAUUCCGUCCACCAGCACCUUUUCUCAUCCUUUGAUUGCGCUCCUCCCAACCAGAGCUCUCAACCAUGGACUUCUGUUUGCUGACCUUUGACCCCACUUGGCCCUCAUUGGCUGUUUUGUUAUUUGUACAUGGAGAGAAGUGGAAAAGGGCACUCUGGCUACGAACUGCAGAAAGGACAAAAAACUGGUGCAUCAGGGUAGUAUGAUGGAAACAUUUAGGGAGGAUAAACACAGCAAAGUCUCUACUCCGAUUUUUUCAUCAGUGGGGACUUUGUAGUAAUAUAAACUGUACCUCCAAGAGGAAAGAAAGGAAUAGAUUUUACCUGACAGCGGUAGUUUCUGAUUUCAUAGCAAGAAUGACUAUAAAUAUAUUAUAUUACAUAUAUUUUAAGUCAUAAAAAUUAAGAAUAGUCAUAUUUACGACAAAAAAUGACUAUUCUUUGUUUUUAGAUUCCUUGUAAACCCAUUGUGAGGCAUAUAAAAUAUGAACUAGUGAAGGGAUAAAUUCUCAAUUUCUUCACGUAGUACCUCAUACAUCAAAGUUUUCUCAACACACUGCAGGUUUUAUUUUUUCUACUGUUUUCUGCCGAGCCAGCGACAAGAGAAUCUUAUGUACAGUACAUGUUUUACAUGUCACUGCAAAUUCCUCUGAGAGAUCAGCAACCAGACACAAUCACCUCAACCACACACUGUUCCACACCGUGCUCAAAGCCAGGGUCUCAAACUCAACUACUCAACAAUCCUGCCUGCACGGGAGACACAUAUGUGACUUUGGCAGCUGCUGAUUCCACUGAUCUAUUUGCCACGGACUUGUGUGUUGGAUUCUUCUAGUGUUAUAUUAUAGGUCAGUUCACUCAGAGGUGAGCAGUGAGAUCAGUGCAUCUCCUACACGAAUCACUGAGAGGAAACACUACAGUCGAUACAAGGUCUUCUCCUGAGUCAGCCUUAACUUUCAGCUUUCGAUUACGUUUGUUUCUCCAAUAAUUCAACACUUCAUUUGUCUUAUUGGCCUUUAACAUUUUUAGUAGGUUGCUAGAUAAAUCCACAUGAACUGUUUGCUAUGAAUAGUUUUGUAGUGUUUGCACACUGUCUACGCAUAUUAGUAGAAAAAGCUGGAAUCACGCAGGCCUCAUGGCAGAUUGACGACUGUCGUUAACUUUAGAUUUUCAUCAUAAUAACAACAGGCAUUUUUUUUAUCUUGAGUUUUCCUGUGUAUGAAUGAGUGUCUGUGUGUGUACUUGUUCUUGUUGCCACUUUAGGACCUUUUCCUGCAUAAAGACCUCAUCAGGACCAGUAGACCUCAUGGGGACCACAGCUUGGUCCUGAUGGGGCAAAACUUAAUUUCUGAGCCCCUGGUUAAGGUUAGAGGUUAAUAUAUGAAUGGUGGUUAGAUUAAGGUUAGGGUCGGUUAUGGUAAAGGUUAGGAAUAAAGUCCACCAUGAUUCAAAGUCGCUGCAGAGCCCUAGUCAGGAUAGCUGCACAAAAAAACCUGUGUGUGUGCGUGUACACGUGUCUGUGUGUGGCACCUGUGCAUCUGCAUUAGUAGUAGCGGCAGUUCUGUAAUAUGAAACUACGAUGUUACAGUCUGUUGAUAAGAAGGGGACUUCUGAGAUUAAAACUGCCAAACGGCCCCGGGGCCCUCAUGAGGCCACUUCACAGAAACAAUGAAUUUGCUGCUGUAGUUUAGUCUCGUCAUGAGCACCUCGAUCACUGUGUUAGCAGCUGUGAAACUAAACGUUACAGCCUGCUCUCUUAGAUUACAAUGGACUGUAAUGAACAGAUGUGAAGUAGAGCUUCAAUAACAGACAGUUUUUAGUGUUUUGAGUUUGGGUUACACUCUUUUUUUAUCUGCGUAGCUGAAUACCAGUGGGAGGUCGGGGGGAACAAGGAAAAGGAAACGCCCUGGUGUUAAGGUGGUAUUCCUUUUCAUUCAAUGCCCCCUGUUGCUUUCACUGCCAUUAUUCAGUCUGUGUUACAACACUUUAGGACCGUACAGCUACACAAACCUUACUGCUGAGUGUAGCUUUUUUUGGUGUGUGUUAGUGUUUUGGAGUGAUGACGCUACAUUACAAACUGUUCUGAAUAGGAAACACUUAUACCUCAGUGAUCAACCAAUCAAUCAAUCCUCAGCCGUUUAGGUGUGAACGCGUGGACAUUCUUCAUUAACUUCUUAGUGGUUUGUUGAUGCAGUCUGAGUCUCAAAACCAUUAAGUUGCCAAAUGCUAGUUUUUUUUCACUUCCUCUGAACAAAAGCUCAUUAGUGUCGUUUAAGUUUUACGAAACAUCGUACUUCCCUUUCUCAUGAUCAGCUGGUGCAAGAUUUAUCCUUCCCGUUUUGUUUUUGCCUUCCCAUCCAUUUGCCCUGAUGUUUUUCAUUAUUUACUACGGAAUUUCUAGUUGUCAGUUGCUGUCUUUAUCACAGCCUGAUUUCCUUGUCUGUGAUUCAAAAAUGCAGUUAAUUAAAAAUUUAUAAAAUUCUUAACUAAAGUGCGGAGGUGUUUAACCAUGAGCAGUGGCGACUUUUAAUUGUUAACUGGUUGUUUGAAAGCAAAAUCACAGACCUCUAAUUUGACUGAGGCAGUGUUAAAAUCUCUUUGUAGCACAGAUGUUAAUUUGCAGCUGCACAGAAAAAGGUAGGGAGUCAUUAAAGCUACGGGCUGCGUGAGUUAAGCUAACCAAUAUCAUAAAUUGUGAUACAAGUUAGCUUUAUUUCAAUUCAGCCAAUUUUGAGAUUCAUCAUCUUUCAGCUCCCAUUAACGUGAAUGAUCCUGCACAUCAAUGUCAUUCAAACCAAAUAAAUCUUCAAAAUAAGCAGAAAUCAAUUAUAAAUACUUUUUAAAGCCAGUUUUUACUUUUAAUAUUUCUAUCUAUGGAGUUAAACUCAAAAAUGAUGUAUGGCUAACUUCCUGCCUAUUAAACAAUACGCAGAGGUAAAAAUGAUAGUUUUAUUUUUGUGAUAAGAAGGUUGCAGGUGAUGCUUUUUAAAACAACACAACUGCUUGGAAAAUCAGUAGCCCAUUAACCUUAUAGCAGUUUUUUUUGUCAUUUGGACCCACAAUUUAAAGAUGAUGAUAUUUUGUUUCAUCAGAGUAUAAAUAGGUUACAUUUUUUGCUGUAUCCUCACAUUCUGCUGGUUUGCACAGCACUACCCCAGUGAAAGCAUAGCUUUGCAUGUUACUGACAUGUUGCACUAGUUUACUAGUUUGCUGAGCUUGAUGCAUGUGUGUCAGAAUCUAGCAAAUGAACUAGUGAAUGAAAAGUCCGCAGGGGACUUUAAACCUCUGGCAGCCAUAUUGGACGACCUCAGCUGCUAUAGGCUGAAUGUGUUUCUAUGCAUGAAACGAAUCCGUCUCAAACAAAAAUUAGCUAGAGUCAUUUGAUUUAAAUGUGUUAUUAUUAUCACUGUGAACUAAUAAUUUCUUUUUGUGUUGAAUAUGUCUCCUCGUUAUCAUCCGCUGUUGUUUUGUAAAACACAUUUUGGAAGAGACAAGGAAUAAAAACAAGACAUUUGAGUUACAAUUCUGCCUUAUAGAUAAAUCAGAACUUGUUGCUACAGAUUAGAGUCAAAACAGCAAAGCCUAUAAAACGUUUUUCAGAUCUCAAUGUGACUUUUUACUUCUUAUUUUUCUGUUAGUUUAUGGUUGUUUUCUGUUCUGGAUCUAUCUGAAAAAGCUAAGUUACUUAGUUUCAGUAGAGUCGGCCCCGGAUUCUGGUCAGAACCAGCUGAGGCUCCUUUUAUAUCUCUACUGUAGGUUCAAAUAGAGUAAAUUGAUAUAUGUAUACCAACUUUUUUUAAUUUACCAUAAACAGUUUUAAUAUGUUCAAUGACUGAUUUUUUUGGGGUUGUGUUUUAAUGAUAUAAUUCAAUGACUACUGGAAAAAAAUAUGUACUGUUAGUGAGUUUAGCUUUAAACUUGUAUCUAAAAGUGAAGGAGCUGGUUGCAUGAAGAAUGAUUCAAUACAUGUGAUUGGUGUUUGCCAGAGUUUUGGGCUUGUGGUCCUGCAACUACUUCUCUUCCUGAAGUCUGAACACAAAGUCAAAACCAUGGAUGUUUGACUUUGACUCCCGAGUUUUUGUUUCAGGAAAAGCUAAAUCCGUCGUAGAGCCCCUUCUGUGUUAACCCAACCUACAUGUAUAAUACUAACACUCACUCAGUACUUAGUUACUUAACACUUUUUUAUUACUAGGAAGUUUUAGGACUUUUCAUUCUUUUGCCUGACAAUCAAAACUUCUCAUUUCUCCUCCGGUGCCUGCUGGGGACACACAUUACACAAGUCAGAGAUAAAUAGUCGCACAAUCAACACAACAGGCUACGCAUGAAUAAAAACAGGCUUCUAGUAAAGGUUCAGUGUGAAGGAUUUAGUGACAUCUACUGGUCAGGCUGCAUGUUGCAGCUGAAUACCUCUCACUUUUACCCUCCCCUUGAAAGAGAACCUGUGGUAGCCUUAAGUUGUCACAAAAACUCAAAAGAGUUUUAGUGUGUCCCGUCUGGGCUACUGUAAAAAACAUGGCGGCCACCGUAGAGAGGACCCACUCCCGAUGUAAAUAUAAAGUAUUUAAAUACAAAGGGCUCAUUCUAGGGUAAAGAAAACCAAAAUUUGUACAGUUUAGAUGAAUCACACUAGUGAAAACAUCACUAGGAUUACUUUAUAUAACAUUUCUCCCUUUCACCUAAAUCUUACACACUGGACCUUUAAACCCUGUCUCAAAGCGUGACUUAGUUUCUCGGUUGUUUCAAGUGAUCGAAUGAACGAAAAUUGACUUUACAGUUUGUAAUAUGUUAUUCCAUUGCAGCGUCAUUUCAUUCAGCAUUAACUUAAAUUUCUUGCUGAUAAUCUAACGCCAUUAGGCUUUUCCACUGGCGGAGAGAAAAAAAGAAAAACACCACGAUUAUUCUGCUUUCCGAUGUGCCAUUUUCACCGCUCCUCUGACCUCAGUCUCACACUGCUUUGCUUUUCCUCCAAACCACACAAGCAGCAUGUGACUGCGGAGGGUCUGUACAUUAUGAGGCUGAGACGUGAUUUGAAAAAAAACAAGUCAACACCUCAGAUUCGGCCAUGGACCACUUCAACCCUCGAUAUGUUUCUGGCUCUGUUCCCAGCACCAUUCAUCUCUUUUCAUUUUGCUUAAGUCACAUUUUUAUCGCUCCUGGUCGCACCUAAAUAAUGUAUAGACCUUUUUAUAUGCUGUUCUAGAAACCCUGUAUUUUUCAUGCAUAUCUGUCAUCAUCUUGACUGUAGGCGUAGUGUUUUCUCUGCCGUAAAUCCCCUGACUUUUGCAGGUGAUAUAUUCUCAUUUACAUUUGUGCUCGGUCCCGGUGCAACGCUCGGCCAGGCCUUCCCACAGCCUUAUAUGUUUAAGUCAUAUUUCAAUGCAGGGCUCUGCUAAACUUUCCUCCUCUAACCUCCAGUAAGGCUGCUGCAGUUAAACCUCUAUUGCCUCCCCUUCCUUUCUUAAGCUAUAAGCUUCUGUCCUCGCACCACAAGCUACUGGACCUUUUUUGUAAGAAUAUAUAUUUCUGUUUCACGUCAUUUUACAAAAAAAUUAAAAAAACUUCUAACAAGGCCAGUGGCGUCACACCAUCUGAAAUCAAGUCAUGCUGCUAGAGAAAAUGUAUGUAAUCUGUGUUUUUGUCAAAGUAAUUUUGGAUCUGUAUCAUAAAAUGGCACAUUUUUUCUAUUAAACCAACAAUAAAGAUGUAACAUGAAAACAA